AUGGAAAAGACAACAUUUCCGGCGUGGUGGAUAGCACAAUCUUCAGCAUUAUGUCAGAAACUGAGCAAAACACAACAAUUAUUCAACGACGUUGACGUAAACAAUGAAACAGAAGAUAAAAAUUAUCGUAGCAGUGACUUAGAAAAACUUAGUCAAUGCACAGCUGAAAAGCGUGCACAACUGAAUCAUCCACCGUUUGAAACACAGCAAUUGAUAUGCAAAUUUUCUCUCCCUUUUUUUAGAGCAAAUAAUAAAGAAAGUGAAGGAAUCAAAGCAGCUGAAGAAAAUUCUCCGAUUUUGAACAAAAGAUAUGGCUAUUUGAAAGUAAGAUUAAUGACUGUCUACAAAUAUCAACAACAAUCAAGUGGCAUGGCAUUUUUGACAUAUCGGACGAGAGAAAGCGUCGAUGAAGUGAUGUGUGUUCAUUGUAAUAAUCCAAUACAAUAUGAAGGGAGAAUGCUUAGACAGAAGCAGUGGCUGGAUAAUAAAUUUGAUUAUCAUGAUAAACUGAUCGUAUCCAAUGCUAUUAUUGUAAAAUUCAAUCAUGAUGUUACUGAAGACCAAAUUCGACGUAUAUUUACUCAAUUUGGACGAAUCAAAUCAAUUGAGCAUAAUUACACGUCAUUGUCAGCCGUAAUAACAUUUGUAUAUAGUUAUUCGGUUGAUAAAGUAUUGUUAUCAAUGCCAUUAAAUUCAAAUUAUUAA